UGGCAUUGCAGUAUGCACGAUAAGACCCAUGCAGAUUUCUUAUAAGAAGAGGAGCACGUCCGCUCGCGCGACUUAAGGUGUCGGACUACUUGUGUGAAUGCAUCGUGAAAAGUGUUUGUAAGAAGCGUUUACUAACAUUAUUAAAUAAGAAAACUGCACACGAUGACGAUUGGCCGCUCCUUUACCAUUUUUGUUAUUCUCAUCAUGUAUUCUCAAACGAUGUGUUCAAAAACUCCAACUCCAAUGCGAUAUACUUUCCCAUCGCUCGAAAAGACUUUUAGAGGCGGACCAACUAUUAGAAUCGAUGUUUCUAAGCCGAUUAUUACGACUACCACCACCAUGCGUCCGCUUAACAUUCAAUCAUUUCCAAGAUUGUAUGAUUUUAUCUUUAGUUUCUCUAACGUUGGUCUUCGAAGAAUUGGUCCAGAUUUUAUCAAGAACGACAUGAUUAUUAGUCUUAGCUUGGACAAUAAUGAGAUAAGUGAUAUAUCACCUUUAGCCUUCCGUGGCAUGCGGAAGUUGAAAUAUCUAAAUCUUUCUGGAAAUAGAAUUCCGACAGAACAAUUAUUUUCAUUCAAUGUCGACGGGUUACAAACUCUGAUUAUUGACAACAAUAAUCCUAUAAAUUCUAUAGAAAUAGAAAACGAUAUAAAAAAUCCUCACAAAUCCGUAAAAUAUGGAGUCUUUAAAGGAUUGGAGCAUCUGCACAUAUGCAACAGUCAAUUAAAAGAUUUCCAUAUAGAUCAUUUGACGAUGCCUGCCUUGACUCAUUUGUAUCUGAAUAACAACAGCAUCGAAUCCAGCGAUAUUAUUUUCAAUAAUAUCCCAAAUACAUUAAGAAGUAUUUUCUUGGACAAUAACCAGAUCGACCGAGUCAAAACGCAUAACCUUAGGUACUUGCAGGAACUUGUUAUGGACGGCAACACUAUCACCGAAGUGUGUUUUGAGCAUUGUGAGAAAGAAUCUAGCAUAUCUUUGAGAGGAGCUAAUAAUAUGAAAAAGUUAUCUUUAUCCAAAAAUCGGAUUUCCAAAAUAUCGGCUGAUGCUUUUAAAGACACCAAAGAACUGUUAUAUUUGGACUUAUCAGGAAACAACAUCACUGAGAUAUCCAAAGGUACCUUUAACAAUAUUGGUAUGAUGAAAUAUCUCUCUUUAGCUGAUAACAAACUCGCUACCAUACCUACGGAUAUCUGUUCGUUGAUACACCUAAUGAGUUUGAAUCUGACUGGAAACUAUAUCACCACAAUCCACGCCCACAAUUUCUGUCAUUCGAAAUAUUUGGAAAGUUUGUAUUUAGCAAAUAACAAUAUAACCUUUAUCGGAAGUCAAGCUUUCAUGCAACUUCACACAUUGAAAUAUUUGGACCUCUCCGGAAAUCAACUCUGGCAGCUUCCGCAACAAUGGGUGUAUAUGUCCCUUGAAGAAUUACAUCUAGAAAGAAAUAAUUUCGGAAAUUUUGACGAUGUAACAUUGACUAAUAUGAUGAAGCUAAAAAAUGUAUAUCUCGACGAAAACCCAAUACUAAAUUUGAAAGCAGUGUCCUUCAGAUCACUAUCAACAUAUUUGACAGUGCAUAUAAAGAAUAUGCAAAUCAAGAGCAUCGAAUAUAAAUAUAACGAUACCAGUAAUGAAAGUGAAUACGAGUAAAUGAUGAAUACGAGGUGAAUAAGUGAUGAAUCAGUGAGUAAUAGAUGACGAUAAUAAAAGGGAUGAUGACAACAAUAUUUUUCCUUAUAUUUCUUAUUUUAAGAUGAAUUAACUAUUAGUGAUUUUUCUUUUAAUGACUUAAAGAGAGUAUAUUGUCUUUUCUAUUCUUGAACUUAUAUUCUUGAAUUUAUAUUUUGUUCAUUUUAUUAUUCCUAAAUAAAUUCUAUAAAUAUGCUAAAUAAGAUAUAAGAUAAAUAUGUUAACUGUAAACUUUUAAACUCUAUUCUUUAAAUUAUCUUUUAUUAUAGCUUUUAUUCAAUAUCUUAUGCACCUCAUAUAAGGUAUACAUGCGUAAAGUAGUAUUUUAGAGCUUUUAUGAUACAAUGUUAACCGAUUUAAAGCAAUAAUAGUAUUAUUUACUUUUAAAUAAAUGUUUUACUCUUAAGUAAAUGUUAAAUAUUAUUUUUGCUUCAUAUGUUGUUUGCACAGCAUAUCUUAUCGUUCAAAUUUAUUUUUAAGCUACAUAGUUUAUACAAGUAUUUUUACGUAAGCUAAUGCUUUAUUAUAAUUAUUAUAACACAUAUA